CGGCCGCCUUGGCCUCAGUGCGGCCCGGGGGCCCGGACAUGGACGGCGCCUGUCGGCGGGAGAAGCAGGACCACAGCAGGAAAGAACACUGGAAGCUGCUGGGCAAUUUGAAGACCACCGUGGAAGGUUUAGUUUCCUCCAACACCCCUAAUGUCUGGUCUAAAUAUGGUGGCUUGGAGCGGCUCUGCAGGGACAUGCAAGACAUCCUCUAUCAUGGGCUCAUCCAUGACCAGGUGUGCUGUCGGCGGAAGGACUACUGGAAGUUUGUGAAGGACAUUCGGUGGCUCAGCCCCCACUCGGCUCUCCACGUGGAAAAGUUCCUCGACUUGCAUGAGAAUGGCCAGAGGAGUCCCAACAGUGAGAGUGACCAGGCCAUCGCUGACCUGUGGCUGCAGCACAGCUUGCAGUUCCACUGCCUCUCAGCCCAGCUCCGGCCCCUGCUAGGAGACAGGCAGUACAUCAGGAAAUUCUACACAGACACUGCUUUCCUGCUGAGCGACGCCCACGUAACCGCCAUGUUGCAGUGUCUGGAGGCGGUGGAGCAGAACAACCCUCGCCUCUUGGCCCAGAUCGAUGCUUCGAUGUUUGCCAGGAAGCAGGAGACCCCAGUGCUGGUGACAAAGAGCCAGAGUCUCACGGCACUACCUAGCUCCUCCUACGUCCCCUCCGUCGAGUUCGCUCCGCACCGCUACUUCGGCUCCUUCUCCGGCCUGUACCAGCCUUCAUCCCUGCGCAACACAGACAGGAGACCGGCCUCUACCUCGCUCUGCAGCCCUUCCCAGCAGGCUCAAGAAAACCAGGAGCGGCUUUCCCCGGCCCGGGGCUUGCCCACCGAGUCCUCCCUCCCUCCUCCCCCAGCCCUGGCUUUCCCCAGAGACCCUCCCCAGCCCCGAGCCGAGAUGAGCUCUGGCACCCUGACUAAUCCCAGCGAGGAGCCCUGGGCCAGCAGCCGGGACGACUCCCCGAGCGAGGCCAACGACGGACCGGAGUACCUGGCCAUCGGCAACCUGGGCUGCCGGGGCCGAGCCGCCAGCUCCCGGAGCGAGAGCAGUAGCGGCGGAGGCGGGAGCAGCGGCGGAGCCAGCACCGAGAGCAGCAGCUCCAACCUGUUCUCCUCGGGCAGCUCUCAGAAGCCGGACUCCGCCGCCUCCUCCUUAGGGGACUGGGAGGGAGGGGGUCGGAGUCAGCCCCCCAGCCUCCCGCGCCGGUCCAGCUUCUCGGAGGGACAGACGCUGACCGUCUCGAGUGGGGCCAAGAAGAGUCAUACGCGCUCCCACUCGGACACCAACAUGACCUCUGGGAGAGGCUCAGGAGGCCUCAGGAAUAUCACCAUUAUAGUAGAAGAUCCAGUGGCAGAAUCCUGCAGCGAUGCUUUGAGGCUAAGGAGCCCCGUCUCCUAUUCUGGCCGGAGCGGUGAAGGCAGCAGUCCCGGCUCACUGUGCACGGAGUACGACGGCGGGCGAUACCUGUGCUCGGGGCAAGGUAUGUUCCGGAGACCCUCGGAGGGACAGUCCCUCAUCAGCUACCUGUCGGAGCAGGAUUUUGGUAGUUGUGCAGACCUGGAGAAGGAGAAUGCCCACUUCAGCAUCUCCGAGUCACUGAUUGCUGCCAUCGAGUUAAUGAAGUGCAACAUGAUGAGCCGGCACCCGGAGGAGGAGGAGGAUGAGAGCGAUAAGGAGAUCCAGGAGCUGAAGCAAAAAAUCCGCCUGCGGAGACAGCAGAUCCGUUCCAAUCACCUGAUUCCCGCCUACGGGGAGGCCGAGGCCGGGAGCUUCCUGGCCACCUCCAGCGGCUCCCAGCUCAGCUCCCGGGACUCGGCACGGCUCUCUGACUCCGGCUCGGCUGACGAGGUGGACGAAUUUGAGAUACAAGAUGGUAGCGAUGGAUCUAACCUGAUUCACAUGUCUAAGAACGGACUGUCAGUGUCAAUGGCCUCGUUGUUUUCAGAUGCUGACAUCAAGAGAAGCGCGGCAUCCAGCAGCAGAUCCAUCCUCUCCACUGAGACCUUCUCUCACUGCUUCCUGAACUCCACGUCGGCGGAGGCGGUGGCCAUGGGGCUCCUGAAGCAGUUUGAGGGGAUGCAGCUUCCGGCUGCCUCAGAGCUGGAGUGGUUGGUCCCGGAGCAUGACGCCCCGCAGAAGCUCCUGCCCAUUCCUGACUCACUGCCCAUCUCCCCGGACGACGGGCAGCACGCUGACAUCUACAAACUGCGCAUCAGAGUGCGAGGAAACCUGGAGUGGGCCCCGCCCCGGCCCCAGAUCAUCUUCAACGUCCACCCGGCCCCCACAAGAAAAAUUACUGUGGCCAAGCAGAAUUUCCGCUGUGCAGGCUGUGGCAUCCGAACGGAUCCCGAUUACAUCAAGCGGCUGCGGUACUGCGAGUACCUGGGCAAGUAUUUCUGCCAGUGCUGCCACGAGAACGCCCAGAUGGUCAUCCCCAGCCGUAUCUUGCGCAAGUGGGACUUUAGCAAGUAUUAUGUCAGCAACUUCUCCAAGGACCUGCUCACCAAGAUCUGGAACGACCCCUUAUUUAACGUGCAGGACAUCAACAGCGGCCUUUACAGGAAGGUGAAGCUACUCAACCAAGUCCAGCUGCUACGGAUCCAGCUAUUCCACAUGAAGAACAUGUUCAAGACGUGCCGCCUGGCGAAAGAGGUCCUGGACUCCUUCGACUUGGUCCCGGGGCACCUGACGGAGGACCUCCACCUGUACUCCUUGAGUGACCUGACUGCCACCAAGAAGGGGGAACUAGUGCCCCGGCUCACGGAGCUCACCCGGGCCGGUGCCCUGCACGUGGAGUGCUGUGUGCUCUGCCAAGCCAAGGGCUUCAUCUGCGAGUUCUGUCAGAAUGAAGAGGACAUCAUCUUCCCCUUUGAGCUCCACAAGUGCCGGACGUGCGAAGAGUGCAAAGCUUGUUACCACAAAGCCUGCUUCAAGUCUGGCAGCUGCCCCAGGUGUGAACGGCUGCAGGCCCGCCGGGAACUGCUGGCCAAGCAGAGCCAGGAGUCCUGCGUUUGGGACUACGAGGAGGAGCUGACCGAGGCUACCGCUUUGGAGGCCACAUGAAGGAAGGACGCGGGUGGUCCCAGACCUUCAGAACUGACCCAGUCACUGGACUUUCCCCUCGUUAAUUUUUGUUGUUGUUGUUUUAAAUUUUUAUUUUUGUACACCCGUGGCCUCAAGUUGUGGUUCCCCUGCCUGGCUUGGGUGGCCACUGCGGAUAGUUCCUGGGGGCUGUGGAUCUCCGUCGGAGCUGGCUCCCCCACAGGUCCUCGCUGAGGGGGAGGAGGGUUGGCCCGGGCCCAUUGCCGUCCACCACCUUUUCUGGGGCCAGGCCAGACUUCUGGAAGUCACUCGGUGCCCCUGUAUAUCCCCAGUGUGCUUUUCCACCAUUGUUUCUUGGUGGGGUGACUAGAGCUCCUAAAACAGGCCUCUCUCGAGGCCCUGGAGAGCCUAUUCGCUUCUCCUUUGCUGCUGAAACGGGGCGAUGGAAUUCUCUCUUCGGAGCCCUGGAAUUGGGUUUAAAUGGUGCCCUGGCAGGAGCAGCAGAAAGCAGGGCAUUGUCAGCACUUUGUCCAUCUCAACUCGCUUCGGCAUUCAAGAUAGCCGGAGUGCCCUUCCCCUCACCAAAUUGGGGGUGGUCCCGGCCCAGAAGCAGGGCUAGACUAGCUUUGAUUUUUUUUUUCUUACUGAGAAGGUCCAGGGGAAAGUGAGGCCUCAAGCUUGCUCCUCAAGCGUUCUUGUUGGGGCAAGGAUUAAGCACUUUGGUAAACCCGGCUGGCAUCGGCUCAGCCCAAACAGACACGAGGAGGACCCUAGUUGGCCGCCAGCAGCUGCUUAAAGAGGAUUAACCGACCGGAGGGACCAGGCAACCCUUUGUGGCUGUAGCUAGCUGGUCGGGUUAAUCAACUAAGCUGGUCUUGCCGAUUCUUAGGGGCAGUUUGGAGCUUCUUAACUUCCUUGAGCUCCCCAACAACACCCCCAUGCCACCACCACUCCCCCACUUCGCCCCCCAAGCAGGGAGGUGGCUCACCAGGGCAGGUGACUGGGAAAGGGUGCUGCUGCGGGGAUCACCCUUCUAGAACUUCUCCCCUCUAACCUGAGCAGCAGCCAGAGCCCAUUCUAGGGGAGCGAAGGGUGGUAAAUGUUGUCCUUAUCCUAGACCGGCAGGCAGCCCUCACCUGGACCGGUUUUCCCGCUCCUCCUCCCCCCCGACACUUUUGACCCAGCGAGGGUAGGCUGGUCGAGAGCCAGGGGAUACCCAUGACCGUUCCAGCAUUUCAAACACUGUUCUGGAGCUGCGGCCUCUCUCACUUCCCACUCCGCCCACCCUGCCCUACAGACUCGGGGCUGAUUUUGACCAGAAAUUCCAGAGAAUGGAUUCCUUUCCUUCCUGGCAUGGAGGCUAAGGUAUUCUGUUGACAUCUCCUAUCCCCAGUAUUAGUUGGAGCAGUUACAGAGCGACUCACGGGCCUGCUGGCUAGCGCUCAGCCCUCACCACGCUAUACUGAGGGAGGCCAAUCGCCCCUGACGACCAAGUUGGAGGUGGCCAACUUUUCCAUAGUCCGGGGCAGAGAGAGCUCGGGCCCCUUCCUCUCCUUGCUGGGCAGCUGAUGACUGACAUUUGGAGGCAGUGGGUAGAAGUGAGAGCUCAGUUUUGUUUUUUGGCUUCUUGGAGCCCAGAUCUCUUGGAACUCCCAGCAACGGAGUAAAGAAAGUCUUGAGUCUCUCUUCUCCCACCACAGUACCUUUUGACCCAGGAGGGCACCUGGAAGGUCCCUGAGGAGAAGCAUAGCUGAGUUGGCACAGGAAGAGAGUGAAAACCUGCUCCCACCCAUCUCUAGGGAUAGAGCGUUACCAGCUAUGCUCUGAAAAUUCUUCACCCACUUGCUAACCCUGACCCUGCUCAAUCCCCUUUCUUGUAUUGCUGAUUUUUCAGUCACCUUUCAUAUUUGUAGUUGGGUGGAAAGGGGGAGGAGGGAAGAGUUUUCAAUGAGUUGGAGGGUUGUUUUUUUUUUUUUUAAGGGUUGCUUUAACUGAUAGAGGAUGAUGAUAUCUAGGGCAGCAGCAGCAGUGUCCCCACUGACAGGUCAGGGCUAAGAGGGCAGCUGCUCCAUGGGCUGGGAGUCCCCGGGUCCUUGUCCAAAUCGUUGGCCUCCCCCUCGAUGCCACCGUCCAUUUAUUUCCCUCCACAGUGCUCGUCUCUAAUGUGAGCCGUUCUGGGUGUUGUCCCAAACAGCUGAGCUGAAAAUCAUGAAUGGGCCAAGUUGGGCAUAUAGGUCUGAGGGAAAGGAGAAAAGAGCAGUUUUGAGAGAGGAGGAAGAGGAAGAGACAGGCUUCAAGCUGGGCUUCUAGGAAAAGUGGGAUGAGUUUUGUUUCGGUUCUUUGUUUAGGACUCAUAAGGCCACGUAUAUCCCUUCUCCCCAGAAAGCCACUUUUCAUUUCUUUGAGGCCCCUGCUGCUUUGCCAUUAGGGCUCUCUUCUGGCCAGGAACAGUCGGUAUCUCCGAGGAGCACUCCACGUCACAUCCCGAGCCCCGGUCGAAAGCUGUCGGCUCCUGGCAAAGCUCUGGAAUCCCUAUGGAACCACAUCGGGGGGCAAGUGACAGUUGGCUGUGCCCCCUCUUCCCCUCCUCUCAAGACUUCAGACCAGGGGCUCCCCAAAAAGUGGAUCAGAAGUAGCUCUGCCUUUGACUUCCGCUGCUCAGGUUUUAGGAGAGGUCGGGACCCGGGUUCAAACACAACUGUUAAGCUGAUGUGGAAGAGAGGGCGAGCUGUACAUCUCAGCUAUUGAUCAAAUCAUCUUCCUUCCCCGGUCAUAAUACCAAGUUGAAGGGAAAAACUCUUUGGCUGUCUAUUCCCGUCGGCUCAGGCUCUGUGGUCAGAAAGCACGAUCAUUGUCUGCAAAACAGUUUUGGCCCCCUGGAUUAUUCCGUUUCCCGUCUUCCCUAGUGCAGUUCAGGUGAGAUUGAGGAACUAAUUGUUGCAUCCCCCUCACCACUUUUCAGAAGGCCAUGGGGGUUUGUGUGUCUGAGCUGUCUUUUUUUUUUUUUUAAAUUAAAAGCACUUUCAAGCCUUUAGUAUUUGAAACCCCAGUGUUGGUUGGAAAGGAGGUUCUGUGUGCACUGAUCUUUGCAGGGGUGGAGGACAGGAGGAAGGAGAGCAAGCAGUGAAGGGGAGGGGAUGUCAUGCACUUUCCGGCUGCUUACAGAGGUGAAGAUGGGAUCCAAGACAGCUGAGGGAUUGAAGGCAAAACAUUCUACACCAGUGAGGCUGGGAGUGACUUUCUUUGCUAAGGUAUUUGAGCAUGUCAUCGGACAAAUAUUGUAAAUAGAGGGGGUGCAAGUACCGACGGUCUAUAUGCUACAAUGCACCUUGUGUUCUGACCCGGAAUUCUGCGUGCUGUAUCCUUGCUCAGCCUAACAGUCUGAUGCCAUCCGUAAUAAACUAAGCUAAUAAGACUA